UGGGGUGGGGGCCGGGCCAGUGGUGAGUCCAGCAGCUGCGGCCGGCCAGGGCGUCAGGGACUUCCUCCUUGGGAGUCAGCUCGGGCCGGGCGGGUAGUCAGGCAGGCCGGCGGGCACUCUUUCUGUCCUUCGGUACGUCUGUCCGUCCAGGCCCCACCAUGCCUCAGGCCAGCAGCUUGUCCUCUCCUGGAGCCAUCCCCGACGAUGUGCGGAGCCUGCUGGCAGAUCUGGAAGCAUUCGUGGUGGACACGCUGAGAGGGGAAAAUUUGUCCAAGAAAGCGAAGGAAAAGAGAGAAUCCCUUAUUAAGAAGAUAAAAGAGAUCAAGUCUGCCUAUCCUCAGGAGCUCCAGGACAAAGUCGAUAUAGAAGAUGGAGAGGAAUAUGAUGAUCCUUUUCCGGGGCCUCCAGACACGCUCUCCCAAACAUCCGAUCGCUAUGAAAAAGAUGACGAGGCACCAUCUGAUGGAAACCAGUUCCCUCCCGUGGCAGCCCAGGAUCUUCCUUUCGUCUUGAAGGCCGGCUACCUGGAAAAACGGAGAAAAGAUCACAGCUUUCUGGGAUUUGAGUGGCAGAAGCGUUGGUGUGCUCUCAGCAAAACUGUUUUCUAUUAUUACGGAAGUGACAAAGACAAACAACAGAAAGGUGAAUUUGCUAUAGAUGGGUACAACGUCAGAAUGAAUAAUACCCUCAGGAAGGAUGCAAAGAAAGAUUGCUGUUUUGAAAUCUCAGCUCCAGAUAAACGCAUCUAUCAGUUCACGGCGACCACUCCCCGAGAUGCUGAGGAAUGGGUCCACCAGCUGAAAUUUGUGUUACAAGACCUGGAAUCUGACGUCAUUCCCGAGGAAGACGAUGAAAGAGGAGAGUUAUAUGACGACGUUGACUCAGCACCACCCGCCACGAGCCCCCCAGCGAACGGCCAGGCGAUCGACGACGAGAUUUACGAAGUUCUUCCAGAAGACGAAGAUGAGGCUGCUUUCAAGAGGACCGAGGAGCCCAAGCAGACGAGCCAAGAUGUUGCUCCAAGUCCAGCAGACAAAAGCACCGAUUUUGCUAAUUUUUACCAAGGUCUGUGGGACUGCACAGGGAACGUGCCUGACGAGUUGUCAUUUAAACGUGGCGACAUUAUCUACAUUCUCAGCAAGGACUACAAUAGAUUUGGCUGGUGGGUAGGAGAAAUGAAGGGAACCAUUGGCUUGGUGCCUAAAGCCUACAUAAUGGAGAUGUAUGAUAUUUGAGAGUCCUGGCAAAUCUGAACAUUUGGAAGUGGAGAAAGAAGUUGGGGCUCGACUUCUGCCCAAGAGACGCUGUGGAUUCAGUCUGGAGUGACGACUUACCUUCUUUCUCUGCCUCCCCGAAAAUCGUCGCCAUCUUUCUGUUCUUCAGGCCGUCGCUUCGUACUCUCCUUCUUUUCAGUGUUUUUUAGAAUCCUAAAUGAAAUAAAACGUAUGCAGCAUAAUCAGGUACAAGCAAGCAGUCAAAUUAUACUUGUUGCUAUUUUGCACAAGAAGCCAUCAUUGUUUUUCUUUAUUCCAUGCUUUUGUGUGAAUCCAAUCAUUUGGUUUUGUUGACGAGCCCUGCUCUGUUUCCCACAUGGCAAAUGACUCUCUUAUCCUGGGCCCAGAAGUGCCCAUUCUUCAGAACAAAUGAAGUUUGGUGGCUGUAAUGUAGAGUCUUCCCAGACAUUUCCAUUUAGUUUAUCUUAACAAGGCAAGUUUUAAAGUGGACGCGGCACUCCGAGAAUGUGUUGCAGCUCCGGGUGAUUUUAGUAUUUCACAUAGGAGUGACCUUUUAUCGUGAAAGAAUUUAUGCCUCAUUGGCAAAUGUACAUCCUAUUAAAUGUGACACAAGAAGGAAAAAUACUGGAAUGGAAAAACACAUCUUGGCAGCUAAGACAUGUUGAAUGAACACACAAAGCACUUUGUCAUUAAGAACCAUUUUGAUUAUUUGCAACAAGGCAGCAGAGACGUUGGGGCUGCCAUCGUUGUUGGAAUCGACACCACCGAUGCUCCCACUGCUGUCAUGGGAAAGGGAUUUACUCUUUAUUCAGCCAAAGGAAUCUGAUAUUUUAAGCUUAAAUACCUCCCUUAGCCUUUGAGCUCAUUGCUCUGCACUUACAGGCAGAAUUAGGGCAUGUUUAGACCCGGACAGGACCCUUGGCAUCCUCUAGUUCAAUCUCCCCACUUUCGUAGCUGAGAACCGAAGUGGAGACUUCAGGAUCAUUCCCCAAGAGGUAACCUUGGGGGGUGAUGCUGCUGCCUCAGGGGGAGCCUCUACUUUGGGUGAACAGCCGGAUGACUCUUGGCCGAUAAAAUCACCCCGGAUUCUCGUGGGCUUGGACAAUUCUUCCCAGUGGGUCUUAACUCCAUAUGGGUUACUAAAUUAGUAGACGCCAUCUCCCUGGGCUGCUCCCCCUUUCCUUUACCCAGACUGGCUGCAUUCCCAGAGAGCUGUGGACAUCCAGUGUCCUCCCCACCCUCCACCUCUUUUCUUUAACAAUAUAAAGAUAUUUACAAAAAUAAUAGGAGUUAGCAAUAUGGAAGCUGCUGGGAACAUUUCGUCACCAGGAAAUAAGCAAACUCAUGCCUGUGACCAAACUCUUUAUUAAUUUUAGAGAUGAAAAAUAUAAUAAAAUAAAGGAUAAAUUGCCUCGGCAACAUGAAAUUAGAAAAACUAGAAAUCUUAGUAACAAAAACAAACCAAAAAAGACCCAGAGCAUCUCAACCAAAUUAGCAAAAAUAAAUGACCUUGGCCUGGAGAGAAACUCCACACGUCACAAGCCAAAACAAAUUUGAUUUUCUGAGUUACUGAAAAGAAAAAUGCCUGAGUUGGAGGAGGCUGCUCUGGCCAUGGGUGCUGGGAAGUUUUUUCUGCAUUGCCACAUGCGGCCAGUAGAUGGCAGCAGAUUUUCAUCACAAUGGCUACCAUUUUGAAACCCUCCCCCCAUGUAGGCCACAGACAGUCAUCUCUAAUUUAGAACAUUUGGAGAAUUCCUUCCUUUCUUUCUCUCCUUUUUUACUGUUAAUCCAGGAGAGGGAGUCCUUUGCCAACCGAUGAAUACCCGUGUCUGCCCAGACAUCCUCCCGUUAAUGGUGGCACCAAGGGCUCCUGCUCCCAUUGCCAUUUUCUUGGACCUUUUCAGGAGAGGGGGAAGAAAGGUGGUACCACCAUUUACAGGGGAAAUGAUGGUUCAGAUGCCCGUUUCCUUAGAACCGGAGCUCAGUAACGCCCCGAGGACUUGCUGAAAUCGCUUGGAUAUCACAGGGGGAAAGUUCCCUUGAUGACAGGGACCGCUCCAGUCCAGCCGAGUAGCCUUUGUGUGGUUUAGAAAAGAUGCUAAUUGCCGUGUUUUCAUCCCAUUGGCUUAGCUUGGAUUCAGUUUCCUCUGAACAGUUCGAGGACUCAUUUUUUUCAAAGGUGAUUGUAAGUCAUAUUUUAUAUAGCAUUUUGCUUGAUUAUUUGCUCUGUACUGAAUUUGUACGCCGUUGCCAUUAGAUCUUACAAUAAUGUUCCACUCUGCAAAUUUUUAAGGUUCAAAUAAAGUUUAAUUGUUUGCAAA